ACUUAUUGCAGCUAUAUUUACAACAGCUCUCCCUAUCUUUUGAAGCACAAGAAAAUGUGCAUUUACAGCUCCCGCCGUAUAAUCAUAUUAAAGACAAGCAAAGUGUAUAACCAAUGUUAUAAAAGUACGUUAACAUGGGUAUUUGCGGUCACCCAUCUGCUGAAAACGUCGAGUAAAUGCAUUUAGGAAGUUCAAGUUCAUGCAGCAACAACUAUAAAAAAAACAAUCGCAAAAGCUAUUGACUACAAAAUUCUAUUUUCGCUCUUCGGAGAGAAGAUGAGAAAGUUGAUGGUUACUACGGAAGCUAACCAUCUCGGUCCAUCUCAACAAGUGGCCAACUUUACAAUAACAAUCAAGGCUACACAGCGGUGUGUCAACGUCAGCUAAAGUAAACAAAGUUUCAGUUUACAACGCCGCCCUCUUACACCGCCAACCACUUAUGUGCGACCACUGUUGCACCUGAUAAUGGAUUUUUCGCGCAUGCGCCGCAAAUAAAAUCAUUUAAUCGCAUUUUGCUUCGAUAACAAAUUUCACACUGACAUUUAUGAGUCAAUUGUCAGUUGUGAAAAUUGCAACAGCGCUAGUGCGGCAUUGCUUGCAACGAGAAGUGUUAAAUUGUCUUUUAAUUGUGCAAAAAAAAUAUUAUACGAUUAAUAAAUAAAUUACAAAAAUUGAUUUGAAAGUGAAAAUUGUAUGCUGCUUUAUCAAAAACGGCCAAACAAGUUCAAAAGAGCCUAAAACUAUGCAACGUUUGCGUAGCAUAUGCUAAGUAGUGACGUCGCACUUUUGCAUAACGCGUAGGCGUUGCGCGGCUUAGUGUAGAAAAACUAAAUAUAAAUAUAAUUCCUUUAGUUUGUGCGAAGAAAUUUAGUCGACAUCGUUAAGCGCGUUCCAAUCUGGUGCCUGUGGAGUUAUUAUGCCAAGUACGCGUCGCAUUAUACUCGGUCACGUCAUGUCUGGCCUGUGCUCGAAGAUGAAUCGAACGAAGCCGGUGCCUGUGGAUGUCAUGGAGACUCCGCUGAAGCGGUGCCUCAACACCUUUGACAUAACUUUGCUAGGCAUUGGCCACAUGGUGGGCGCUGGCAUUUAUGUCCUCACCGGCACCGUGGCUAAGGACAUGGCUGGACCCGGUAUAAUACUCUCCUUCAUCUUGGCUAGUUUCGUCUCAAUGCUGGCGGCACUCUGCUAUGCGGAAUUCGGCACACGCGUACCCAAAGCUGGCUCAGCUUACGUCUACACCUACAUCUCGAUUGGUGAGUUUUGGGCUUUCGUCAUCGGUUGGAAUAUACUGCUGGAGCACAUGUUGGGCGCCGCUUCAGUGGCACGUGCUUGGAGUGGAUAUGUGGACUCGAUGCUUGGCGGUUGGAUUGGUAAUACCACGCUGGCCAUAACCGGUGAGAUGCAUGAGCAACUAUUCGCGCGCUAUCCCGAUGUGCUGGCCUUUUUGGUGUGUUUGGUUUAUGCCGCCGCAUUGGGGAUCGGCGUGAAGGCCACAGCCGUUUUUAACGGCUUGCUGACGCUGGUGAAUAUUGCUGUUAUGAUUUUGGUAAUUAGUCUGGGCUUUUGGUAUGCGGACGCAAGGAAUUGGUCUGAGGCAGAAGGCGGUUUCCUGCCUUACGGAUUUGGUGGUGUUAUUGCCGGUGCCGCCACUUGUUUCUACGCUUUUGUCGGCUUCGAUUCCAUUGCCACUUCGUCGGAGGAGGCAAAGAACCCUGCUAUUUCCAUACCGAUAGCUACGCUACUCUCACUCAGCGCUGUUACAGUGGGCUACAUAUUGGUCUCGGCUGCGCUUACGCUAAUGAUACCGAUACGCGAUAUAAACCCAGCUGCUUCGUUGCCAGAGGCUUUCGGACAGAUGGAUCUUUCGUGGGCGAAAUAUGUGAUCUCGAUUGGCGCGCUCUGCGGCAUGACAACCACACUCUUGGGUUCAUUGUUUGCUCUACCGCGCUGCAUGUACGCCAUGGCAUCGGAUGGGCUGCUCUUCAGUUGCUUUGGCCGCAUCAACGCCACAACGCAGGUGCCAGUUCUCAAUCUUAUUAUUUCUGGCUUUCUAAGCGCCACCCUCGCGCUACUCUUCGAUUUGGAGAAGCUCGUCGAAUUCAUGUCGAUUGGCACGCUGCUCGCCUAUACCAUUGUCUCCGCCAGCGUUAUUAUACUACGCUAUCGACCGCUGGUUAGCCAAGAGAAUGCCAUCUACGCGCCCGACACACCCGACGAAGAUGAGGACGACAAUACUUCGCAAUUGAGCAUCGACACCGCUUCGCCCACCAGCGACUUGAUCGAGGGCGCACUUGCCGGUCGCCUGAAGCAGCAAUUUCGUUGGCUCGAACCGCUCUUGGGACGCUUUGAGCCCGGAUCGGCCGUGUCGGCGGCGGUGCUACUCUUCUCAGUGCUCAGCUUUGCCAUUUGCUUUCAACUUGAAGUAUCCUGGACGGAGCUGUACACGGGUACAUGGUGGGCGCUAUUGCUGUACGGCUUUAUGAUCUUCAUUGCGGGCGCCUGUGUCGCUGUCAUUGGGGUGCAUCACCAGAAUACGCGUGGCCUCAACUUCAAAGUGCCGCUCGUCCCAUUCGUGCCGGCGCUAAGCAUCUUCUGUAACAUUGUGCUAAUGGUGCACUUGAGUGCGCUCACCUGGCUGCGUUUCUUUAUUUGGGUCGCACUAGGCAUGCUAAUCUAUUUCCUGUACGGCAUACAUCACAGCAAGGAGGGUGAGGUUUGCUCAUCCUAUUCGAUGUUAAUGACCUCAACGGAGGCAGGCAAGUCACACUGGGGCGCCACAGGCGGUGGAUUUACAAUUAGUUUGGGCAGUGGAGGUGGGCGAGCGGAUGUGAUUAAGAAAACAGUAUUUCAGCGUUUUAUUGGCAGGAAAAUGGACGAUAAAAAGCCGAUUGUGGAGGAGGACGUGGAUGAAUUGGACGAAGAGGGACAGACUUAAGUUGAUCGGAAGAGAGCGUGCUUUCAUUUCGUGUACCUUUUAGAAUGGCCUUUAAACUCUGAACUGAUUUCAUUUUUUGCAUUUACUAGCGACCACAAGAAUUUGAGUUUUUGGUGUUUUUAUUUUUCGGCGAAAAAUAAUUUCAUGAACUUUCGGUGCGCUCAGUGCAGCUGCACUGGAUUUUUUUUUUGUUUUACAAAAUUUAUUGCUGCAUCCACUGCCUUUGGAUCACAAAUUUAUUAAAUUUCAAAAAUAUAUGUACAUACAUACAUACAUAUAUAAAUACAGCUUUCUUGGCUGUUUUCAUCAUUUUCGCCGUAUGAUUACUCACACCACUGGGAGCGCCCAAGUGCGAAUUGUGUUCUUGAGAGUGGCGCAUGAGUAAUCUUUCCAUGACGUAUCGGGCACAACACAGGUUCGAGCUUGUUUAGUUUAUUGGCUUUGCUGGCGCUUAUAUUCAAUGCCCGCACGAAAGUCCAGAGUAGGAUCCACAUAUACACAUAUGUAUGUACAUACAUAUGAAUACACAAGUCUCGACAUUAUUUGUAUGAAGUUUUGCAUUUAUUUAUGUAUAUCAAUUGUCUUUGUGGUUUUCGCAGCGGUUUGGUGAUGUAAUAAUUUAAAAAGAGAAAAGUGAUUUAAAAGUAUAAUUCUAAAAUUCUAGUGACCAGCCAAUUAGAAUUUUAUGCAUUAUACGAGUAUUCACAAAAUGAUUAACCAGGCUAUGUACUAUUUUUGCUUUGGUAUUUUUAGUAAAUCUUUUUGGUGUGGAUAUAAUCGUAAAAAUUUAAAGAUAAAAAUAAAACAAUCCAAACCAAUCCAAAAGUUUAAGCAAAUUCUAAACUAACCUUCGUUUAGCAACAAUAUUUUCGGUAUUUUGAAGUUUAGGUUUUCUGUUUUAUUUCAUUCUAAUUUUUUUUUAAUGCUAUAGUUUCUGAUUUUUUUAAGAAGAAAUUAAGAAUUCGUUUUCAAAUUUUGCUUUUAUCGGUGUGAAUACCGCUCUAAAGUUGUUUCGAAAAUUUUCAACAAAAAAUUUAAUGAGAACACUUUAGCCCUGAAUAUAAAUAAAAUAUAGUUCCAAGCAUAAAAGCACACUGUACCUUAAUUUCAAAAACAUAAAAUUAAAAAAUAUAUAUGAAGAAGAGGUGGUAACUAUGAUUUUUACAGUUUCUAAGGUAUUAGAAAUGUAUGUAUGUACAGAAGUAUGUACGUACAUACAUAUCGCUCAUUUACUUCAAUAGCGCAAUAACUCAAAAAAGCGAAACUCGAGAAAAAUGCCUUUAAAAUUUUGAAUUGUAGCGGUCACUUCUGCAUACUUAGCUCAAUAUUUGUAUUUUUUUUUGUAAUAUGACACUGUUGAAGUAAAUGAGCGAUACGUAU